AUGGCCAAACCAAAGGCGAAGAAAGCCAACACAGGCGGAGCAAACAGUCACAUCCGGGCCAGACUGGACUAUCUAAACAAAGCCGCUGCCUUUCUGCAAUCAACAGCCCAGCUACCAGGACCACCAGCCAGAGACACUCCCAAUGACCACGAUGAGGACGACAUGGACCUGUCCCCCAAUACAGCACGUGUUGUCCCCCAGAUCACGGGCGUCCUCACCGACCAAAACUCCCCAAAUAACCACAAGACUACUACUACCCCUCAGCACCUAACCCAACUCUCCCGCAACUACAUCUCCCAAAUGCGCGGUGUAUCCCUAAAGACCCGAACCCGGCUCUCCAUCGACGUCAAACGAUCCUUCUGCAAGCGCUGCGACACGAUCCUCACCCCAGGAGUCACCAGCACACAGGAGAUCCAAAACGCCAGCCGGGACCGCCGCAAGCCGUGGGCGGACGUGCGCGUCGUCCGCUGCGGCACCUGUCAAACGGAAAAGCGCUUCCCCCAAACGGAGAAGCGUAGCCGGAAACUACCAGACCGUCGGAAGGACAAGGAACAGAAGCAGGUCCAUGUCAGCAACGAAUCUUGA